CCUCUGUGAGAGACUUCAGGAGUUUGGUUUCGGUGCGCACGUUGAAAUAACACCUCUGCUAACUUCACAUCUAUUUCUAUACCCAUGUUAGUAACUUUUUAGUUGUCUACCGCAAAAAUGACUCUUCCUUACAGCCAAACCGUAACUACUCUCAAAAGGGUCACCGUCGCGGAACCGACGUCACCAACUUUUAUCCCGACUUCUCCGGUCGGGAUAAACGACGGCACUACGACUUACCGAACGGUAAAUAUUAGCGGAGCUCAGCUGCAGCCGGUCGGGAUAAACGAUGGAGCGACCACUUACCGAACGGUAAACAUUGCCGGAGGUCAACUGCAGCCGGUCCAGUACAUAAACAGCUCGAUGGACGGGGCCAUGAUGUACGGGGGCACGCGUUACCUGGUGCCCGUGCAGCAGCGCCAGGAGUCUGUCAUGCUCGUGAGUCAGGCGCCGCGCAUCGCGUACGUACAGAACGUGCAGCCGAUGACCAUCGAGACGGACGUCUACAGACAAGAAUCAAUAAAUGGACAAUCCUCAUCUAUCUCCAGCCCGGUCAAGAGCCCUGAACCCUUAGAGUCAGAGACAACGGAGACCUCCAGCAUCCAUGAGGAGUACGUGGAUAGAAAUGUGAAGAACAUUCAUAUAAACACUGAGGUCGUCGAGGUGGACCAGGUGGAAAAGAUGGACAACCGCUUCUUUGGCGAGCUUCUUGCUGAGGUCUAUCGCAAGAACAUUGACAUUCACACCUGCAUCUCCGAUCAUGUGUCCAAGAUCCGUGGAAGGAAACACCUUUUGGACACCACCAUUGACUACAAGGUGGAGAAAGAAGAAAUCGAGGCUCUUAUACCUAAAGGAGCGUCUGAACUGACUAAGCAACAGAUCCGCUACCUGCUGCAGACCCGCCUGACGGCUGAUAAGGCCAUGCGGCUGUUGUUGACCACAUUCAGUAGCCUGAGAGAGGAGCUGGUGCACCUGCAGGACGAUCUGAGGCGGUUGGAGAGUGAAAAAGAGGAGUUGGAAAGAGAUCUGAGCUUUAAAGCAGAUCAGGCUGCCCAGUACGACAGACUACUGGAGACCGUCCGUGAACACAACAGACAACUGCAGAUGGCUGUAAAAGAGAGCAACAUUGCUCAACGUGCUCUUGAGAGUCAGGUAAUGGACUUCCAAACCAAAGAUCCCAGCAAAGACUUCCAGAUCAGAGAGCUUGAGAGCAACAGGAGAGCUCUUGAACAGGAGAAUGAAAUUCUGAGGAAGAAGUUGGCAGGACAGGGCAGCAGUGCCAGUCUUGAGGUCAAAACACAGGAGCUGUCCAGACAUUAUGAACAGAUGCUGAAGGAUCUACGAGAGGAGAAGGAAAGAGAACUCAAGAACAUGCGGUCUCAGAUGGUAAAGAUCCAGACAGAGCGGACCAUAACACAAACCACUGACACCAGCGGCUUGGAAAUGCGCAUCAAAGAGCUUAUUUCUAAACUGGAAUUGCGUGAAAGUACCAUCAAACAGCAGGAGGAGGAGAUCAGACGACUCAAAAUGCAGAAGAGUGACAGUAGUAGUCACUCUAGUAACAGCACGAGCCAAACCAUUGUUACCAAGAGAUACCAAACCCAGUAUCCUAUUCUGGGUCUGCUGAAUGAUGAUUAUAAGUACACAGCGCCUAUUAAAGAGGACAGAACCAUUGUCUUUCAGACGACGGGGGAGUCGAUCAAGCGGUACUGAAGAGGAAGAUGUCCAAGAUCCCCCCAAAACCCCAUUCUUUACCUGUCUGCCUGCACACAGCCCAUUCCCUUUUCCCAAUGGCUCUUAAUGAUGCUGAUUGAAUUUGGUAAUGUUUUAACAGCACACUUGGACAAAAAAGGACCAAAACAACAUCUGACAGUCUGACUGGGCUUGAAUUAAAGGCUGUCCUUAAACCGCUGGUUACUUUAAUCCUACUGUAGCUUAUUUGUUGUUGACUGAGGGUUGUAUUAACGCUCAUUUUGCAGACGAUUUGCAUCCUCACCAUCAGAACCUUUAGGAGCCUUUGGUUAACACUACUGAAAUCGUAUAUAUAUUAGGAGAAAUGGUUUGCAUGUAUUAUAUAACUUCAUUGGAAAAAGUAUUGUCAGCUAUGUAAAUGGUGGUUGAAGGUCAUGUUAGGUUUCUUUUAAUUCAUUUAGUUUUACUAAUUUUAAGCAAUGUUGGAGAGAGGAUGCUUUAUCUGGGAUGCUAUCUAAAGGGAUGCGGUAUGUAUAAGUGGUCAACGGAUAUCGAUUUUUUUUUUUUAUUAUUGCCCAUGUCGAUAUCUCUAUAGCACUUUACCAAAAGAAUACAAGCAAAAAUAUUUUGUACACUCAGCAUUUUGUCAAAAUCUGAUUCUUUGACAAAGCUGUUGAUUGGUACCGACACAAGGGGGCGCUAACACUACUGUUAAUUGGCCAAAAUGGUAUCGUUGUAGAGUGCCACAGGGAUGACAUAUUUUUGUAGUCAAAAGCGAGUUAGCAUUUUAGCACUUCAAUGGGUUUUAAAGGUCUUGGGUUGACAAAAGGUCUUUAAACAACAUCACGCAUGAAGAUGUCAAAAACAACGCAACAUGGGCAUACAUCCACGGAGUAAAAGUUUUUAAAUGUGUUUAAUAAAGUUUCAAAGAGCUAUCGGUUAGCUUUUCAUUUCUAGUAAACACAUUUAAACUUCAAAAUUCAUAAAAGUUGUGUUCAUCUGUAAAGAUAAACUUGUUGGACAAAAUCUGUAAGUGUCAUAAAAGUUUGAGCUUCGUAUUUGCAUAAUCCAAAAGUUUAGGGGAGAAUUUAAUGGGAUUAUUGGGGAGGGAACCAGUGUCCCGAUAAAUUCGUGUUGGCCUACAAAAAUAGAUCAACCCUGUUGCACUCUAUGUGGGGAUAAAGUUAUCUAAGUGAUACUUCUGUAGACCACUAAUAUGCAGUGUAAGCUGGUGAGGGGUUUUACUAGUUUUAAAUGGUUUAUACUGCAUGGGGUUUGGUGUAAUAUAUCCAGUCUCAAAUUGGAUAGAAGAGGUCACUGCUGUAGUUCUGUUUUGAUCUGCCCAUCUUCAGUGUUUUUCUACUGUUUUAUUUUACAUAAUGUGCCUAUGGGAAAUCUUGAUGGGACAUUCUGUAAUUUACGAGUGUUGAGUUUUCCUUCAUUUACAAGUGGAUGUCAAAAUUUCAUUUUGCUCUAGGUAGUGGUGUGUAACCUAUGAGAAAUCGCAAAGAGAGAGAGAGAGCUAUUAUCUUAAUUGCUAUACAGUUUGUAGCAUUAAUGUUAGCUUUAAAUCAUACAAAAUUUAAUGGACAUUUUGUAGCAUUUCGCCAGAGACUUUUAAAAAUACCUCAGGAGACUUAAGAAUCCAUACAUUUAUUCUCAGUUCUUCUCUUUUACUCUUUGAACAACACUGUUUUUAAAGAAAAUUAGAUGUCUGAUGUGUGAUUUCCUGACCAAAUAGAACUUUAUUAAAAUAUGUUGGAGUGGCCCUUUAAAUUCAGAAACUUUAUAAAAACACUGUUGCAUCUGCAGCAUCAGCUGUUUUAUAGAUUGAAUGUAUCAUUUUAUAAUGUGCUUGAAAUAAAGAAUAUUUUCUUUCUCUUGA